ACCUGUUUGGAAUCAGGUUGGAAUUAUAAUCCAAAUUAAAUUCGAUGUUAGAUCGCUCAGUCGUUAAAGAUAUAUAAAAGCCUGCAAAUCAAGCCGACCAGUCAUAACGUUACUUAGUGGUUUCUGCUGUAUUUGGCAAUAGGAUGCGGACAGAAAUUGUGUUGAUUCUUCUUCUAAUUACAACAAUUGUAAGCGGAAGGCGCACUCACCAUCAUACGAAAGAUGUGCAUCGUUUCAGUAUAGACACGGAGGAAGGGCGUCGGGAACUGAUCAAUUAUUACAAUGAAGAUGUUGAAGCGGUGUCAAAGAAGAAAGACAGUGGCAGUCGGUUACCUGCAAAUCGUUCCAAUGGAUCUGGGAACAAAAAGCCUAUUCGCCCGAAUAAGCGGCCUAACAAGAAGCCCAACAAGAAAGGCCCGAAUAAGAAGAAGCCAAGACCCAAUCGUUCUUAGAUGGUGAAAGUAGAAGGAAUGACUACUUUUUUUAUAAAUAUAGUUUUGCUUCCCGGUCCAUAUAAUAAUUGUUUUUUUAGAUAUACUUUUUCGAAGGAUAGAACUGUGUAUUUCAUAAUGUGAAGGGACAUUAAUUGUUUUAUUUGAUUGAAUAAACGUUUUUCUUUUUGGUA